CUGACUAACAGUCAGAGAGAGGAAGAGACAGCGAGGUGGAGGAGGGAGGGGAAGGGCCGCUGAAAUGUCAAACUACUUCACUUGACGCAAGAUGGAUUCUCUCCCUUUGAUUCAUUACAUACACUGCGUUGAUAAUACUUUUAAUUAGCUCAUGUAGCGUUCCGCAGCACUCGCAACACAACAAUGGACUCCAACAUUAUGGAGAUAAUAGAAGAAUUCAUGGAGAGUGCGUUGGUGCAAUGGGUUCAGCUGUUCGACACGAUGGUAGAGGGAGAGGAUGGUGGCUCUCCCUACAGCCAGUACAUGGAAGUAAACUCAAUUACCCAGAGUACCCGGGACCGGUACAUGAGGCUGACCAAUGGGAUUUUCCUCAAUGGGGUCAUGAGGGUCAUAGAUCCAAACCCCAAGGUGGAGCGGCUCUAUGACAGCGAGAAACACGACAACAUGCUGAGAGUCCAGAACUUUUCAAUUUUAAAUCGACACCUCAGAGCCUUUUACCAGGAAGACCUGCAGCAGUUGAUACUGAUGCCUCUACCGAAUGUUGCCAUAUUGGGGCAGGACCCCCUAACAGAGGCAGCCGUGGAGGAGCUCAGGCGACUGCUGCUGCUUUUACUGGGAUGUGCGGUGCAGUGUGAAAAAAGGGAGAUGUUCAUACAGCAGAUCCAGUCUCUUGACAUUGAGACUCAGGCAGCCAUCGCCAGCUGUAUCCAGCAGGUGACUCAGGAUCCUCGAAUAGUGCUGCCGCUGAGGUGGGAGGAGCUGGUGGAGGUUGAAGGUGCAGACUUACAGCUGGUGUUCAGCUCCAUGGCCAAACAGAUCCAAAGCCUGCUGGCACAGAGAGAUACACAACUGGAGAGGAUGGCCGAGCUGUGUCGGGAACGGGAGGCCCAGGCUGACUCAACCAUGGGGCCCCUGGGUGGACACAGCGAGGAGCCACCACAGGGUCUGGCACUCCAGCUGGCAGAUAGCAAGGCCAAACUCCGACGCCUCAAACAACAACUUGAAGAUAAAGGUGAUCAGAUACUGGAUUACACACAAGAGAUUCAAACCAUGGAUGAACAGCUCAAGAAACUUCAGAAAGAGAACCGUUCUCUUCAGGGGGAGGUUAGGGGCAUGCGUGCACUGCGGGACGAGCUGGACUGCACCAGAGAGCGGGCUGCGCGGGCUGAGCAGCUCCAGACUGAGCUUCAGAGCUGUAAACACAGAUUGCGUAGCUUGGAGCUGACACGCACUCAGCUGAAGGAGCAGCAGCAGCUGUGCGCGGCACUGCAGGAAACCAAAGCUCUUCUGGAGGAACAGCUGUCUGAUGCAAGGGCGCGCUGCUCUUUAUUACGGGAGCUCGAGAGGGACAAUCUUCUGCUGCGUCAGAGCAUCAUAGAUGUGGAAGCGGAGCGUGAAACGGAAAGGCAGCGGGUUGAUGAGCUGCUAGAGAUGAAUAUGAGCCUUGAGGCGGACCUGAGGCUUGGCAGCAGUGGCAACAGUGUUCCUGCCACAGUCCACCAGCAUUUCCUCCAAUCAGAAACCGACUCUGACGAGGAGUUGAGCAAGCUAAUUGAUCAAAAGCCGCUGAGUGUGGAGGUGGGCGAAGCUUCGACACUGAGGCUGCUGGGAGCAGAGCAGGAGAACGCAGAGCUGAGGAGACGGCUGGAGGAGCUGCAGGCCCAGCAGGAGGCUGAAUCUCCAGAUGCAAAGGAUGAGCUGGCUUGCCUGGAGACUGAGCAUCAGAACACGCUCAGAGAGUGUCAAAACGUGAAGAAUGAAAACACCACUUUGAAGCAGCGCCUGGAACAGCUGGUGACCAAGCUGCAACACUUUGAAGACAAGAGCAAGGAGGAAGUAGUUAAGAAACAAGUCAUAGAGGUGGAGGAAGGGGAGGAACAGAAGGUGGACAGAGGAGUACAUGGUUCUGAAUCCUGUAGAGGGGAGGGUGAAGGAAGAGUGAGGAUGAUGGAGGAGAGGGAGAGAAGGGGAGAAAUCUUAGGGACCCAUAGAGAAGCUGGAGUUGGGGAAGAGGUUCUUCAUGAUAAAGGUGGAAAAGGAGUACUAUGCGAUGAGGAGGUAGAGACCAAAAGAAGAGGAGAGGCAGAGGGAGGGCAGAAAGACAGAGAGAAGCAGGAGAAAGAGAGAAAAAUGAAGAAAGAAGAGGUCUCAGUAACAACAAGCUUAGAAAUCCAAAAGCAUCCUGAAAGUGUAGAGGACAAUACAGCUGCACACCAGACUGGGUGUUCCCUGUCUGGUGCUGAUUUGGAGAUUCUGACAAACCGACUCAAGGAGACUCAGGAAGAGGCUGACAGACAUGCUUUGGUGGCCCAAAACCUGCGCUUCAAGCUGGGGGAGCAGAGCAAAAAAUCCUGGGAGGCUGAGCAGAGGCUGGUGGUCCUGGAGGCCGAACUGCUGCAUCUGAAGAAGGCUGCAGAGAGUCUGGGAGAUGCCCGCAGACAGUUAGAGGCUCUUCAGUCAGAAGGUCUGGUUAUGGAGGAGGAGUUGUGCCGCCUACGAAGCCAAGCAGAGCUACACAGGAUGCAGACCACAGUCAUCGCCACCCUGGAGGGAGAGCGGGCUGCACUGGAGAGAGACAGGGACACAAUGCGCAGCACCAUAGACACCCUGCGCAUUGCCCAGCGCAAGGGUGACCAGUUGGAGCUCACAGUUCAGGCCCUCAGGUCAGAGCUGGAACGUCAAGGGCGGGGUUUGGAGACAUCUCGUCGUCGGGAGGAGGAGCUAGACGGGGAGCUCCGCGAGGCCACACUGGAGGCUGAAUCUCUGGCCCGGGCACGAGACCAGGCUCUGCUGGAGGCAUCUCGGCUUGAGCAGGAGAAAGAGGUGUGCCAGUCAGAACUCGAUGGCCAAAAGAAGGAGGGGAGGCAGAGAGAGAGGGAGGCGGGCAGGCUGAGGCAGCAGCUGGAGAGCACGACCCUGGCCCUGGAGCACAGCAACCAGAGAGCUCGAGCUCUGGACGCUGAACACAGACGUGUGUGUCAGCAGCUGUCGGAUUCCAAGGAGCUCUGCACUCGGCUACAGGACCUGGAGAAAGAGCUUGGCACUCGACUGACCAGCGUGGAGGAGAGUAAACAGCACCUGCAGGAGCAGUGUGCAGACGCUCAGGCCAAGAUUACUUCAUUGUCCCAGGAACUAUCAAAGGAGCAGGCGCAUUCUCAGGAACUUUGUGCUCAAGUUGAACGUCUCAUUGAUAAACUGCAAGAAGGCGAGGCUGUACUUGAGAAGACAACUGAUUCACUCAACCAAUCACAGGAGAUAAUCCAGUCGCUCUCCCAGAGCCUGAAGAAAAGUGAAUCUCUUCUCCAGUUGGAGAAGAGACGACAAAGUGCUGAGGUUGAUGCUGCGUCUCAUUCAAAUUCAAACUCUUCAAACGCAACACAUAUCAGUCAGCCCGACACAGAGGAGACGUCACAUCAGGAUCAAUCCUCUGAAGCAGGCAAAGGUCACGAUCUUUCUGUUCCUCAUGAGGAUGCCUUAGGAGAGACUGAGAGGCAGCUGAGUGAGAGGUUGACAGAGCUGGAGAAAGAGAAAGCGGUGGCAGUUGCAGCACAGGAGGCUUUGCUGACCCGGUUGUCCCAGUCUCAGGAGGCAUGUGAGCACCUUAAGGAGCAGCUGGAGGCUCUGCGCCGGAACUCCCUCAGCCUGCAGGACUCAUGCACCCAGCUACAGACUCUUAACACCCAGCUACAGGUGGAGCAAGCAUCCCUAAACUCCCAGCAUGCAACAGUGCUCGCUCGCUGCAGUGAGAGCGAGGCCCGCUGUGCGACUCUGGAGGCCGAGUCCAAAGUAUGGGCACGGGAGCGAGAGGAGUCAGUGGCGAGGACUGAGGCUCUGAGGCGGGACCACGAGAGGAUGAUGGCGCUGCAGCAGCGGCAGGAGGUGGAGCUGGAGGAACUGCUGGACAAACAGUCACAGCUGAGGAGCAACAACCGCAGCCUGGAGGCCCAGCACAGGGAGCUGGAGUCAAGGUACAAGAAGCUCCUGGAUAGUAAAACCCAGCUUGAGGAGCGGGAGCAGGAGAUAAAGAUGGAGAAAGAGGCGAUGGAAGCAGAGGCCCAAAGGAGACUGGAGAGAGAAAGAGAGCUGGAGAGGCUGAAAGAAGACAGCGAGAGGCUGCAGGCCCAGCAGAAGGAGUGGUUGGCGUCACAGGCAGAGCUGCUGGCUCAGGGCUCGGUGCUCAGGGGGGAGCUGAGCGCCUCCCAGCUGGAGCGGACACGGCUGGAGGGGGAACUCAGCGCCCUGAGGGAAACCAACCAGAGCCUGGACCUCGGCAACGCCCGCCUCACCAGCCAGUACCAACUGCUGACCCAGCUAAAGGGAAAUAUGGAGGAGGAGAAUAGACAUUUAGCAGAUCAGAACCAGAGUCUGCUGAAGGAGAACCGGGCCCUACUGGAGCAGAGCCUGGAGCGCCGGGACCAGCAUUACUCACAGCAGAGGGAGUCCCAGGAGAAGCUGAGCGAGCUCCGUCGGGAGAAACAGAAGUUGGUGGAGAAGAUUAUGGAUCAGUAUAGAGUCCUCGAGCCAAGCAUGCAACCUCCAGCUGGCAAAGCCAAGAAAUCUAACUGGAUUGCAGACAGAAUGAAGAAGCUAAUCAAACCACGGGGAGGAGGGAAAGAGGGACGCGCCCUCUUCACUGCCGCGGGCAGUGUGGAAAACCUGGCCGACAGCACUGAAUUUACAUCAGACACACACACAUCGGAGCCUGAUCCCCGCAGUGCUCCCGUCUCUCCCUCUCCUAUGAGAAGAGCCCAAUCUCAGGCAGAUCCUGACAUCUCAGGUCCCAGGACUCCACCCCCACGCUCUGGUUCUGGAGCUCGUCGUAAACUGGGAUCUCGUCACGGAUGGGGGCUCGGGUUGACCAGAGGAGGCUCUGGAGUUUCCCAAUCCUUUAGCCCAGGUGACCACAAAACACCUCCUCGCACACGACUGCGCUCCAACCAGAAUACCUCCACUGUCCUCUGGGAGGGAGAGCGAGGCCAAACAAACUCAGAACAGGCAGCAGAAGCACCACUGACCAGUCAGGAGAGUGUGGAGGAGGAAGAACACAGAAGUGAGCCAGAGAGAGAGGAAUGAGGAAGAUGUCUGGCAAUGUUCACUUUCAAAAAUUCCUACUCUAACGGGCCAACUAGUUAAAUUUUCAUAAAAAAAAAAAAGAAAGAAAAUAUUUUAAUGAGAAUAUACUGUCAUGUAUUUGUUUUAAGUUGUUCAAAUAUUUUCAAAAUAAUAAAUAGUUAUGUUUUUCAAAUAUUCCUAAAAUGGUUGUGUGUGUUUGGAGGGCUUUUGGCUACAUGCACAGAAUUGAAGAAGGUCUUUUGGGAAACAAGUUAAAUGUCAAGCUGAAUAAAAAUUUGACUGUAAAGUAAAACUGUGCCCUGAGAGUAGCUGUAACAUCUACAAUCAGUGAAGAUACAGCUAAUACUCUUCUUAAUAAAACAUGCAUGGGCCUAUUAGACUGAGAUCUUUUCUGCCUUCCAGACAAUCAACACUUGAGCGAAGACAUGGCAGCAGCCUGAAAAGAACUGUAGUCGACGCUCAAUUAAAAAAAAACAGUUUUAUAUUAUAUGCUCCUGGCAAACGCUUGUAAUGGUUUUCUAUGUCCGGCUAUUUUAAAUAUGCUCCCCUUCAAGUAGUUUUGAAUACAUGAAUAAAUAAAUCCUUCAGUAAAUGAC